AUGGGAUUGAGUCUAGCAACAUUUCAUAAUGAAGAUAAUGCAAUCACACCUCGUACACUCAAAAAGUGUAACCUUUCGAGUAGGUUCGUUGCCGAACCGCCUGAAGGGACCGAGUUUUCUAGAGAGACGAACGAAUCGGUAAAAGGAAGCGGGCCCAUUUUGUACAAACACGUGAUGAAAACCGACAAAUCAAUUGAUAAGUCGGUGGUGGGUGACUUCGUGAUAAUCGUGGGUUUAACCGCCACUUUCUUGGUGGCGAUUUUUUGCUACAUUCCGGUCAACAGAAAAAAGGCGGUCGAGUCGAGUUCGCCUAGCAGCUCGUUCAAAAAGAAGGAUGCCGAACCGGGUUUGCCUACUCUGGUUUCAUCAAAUUUAAUCAUUACUAGCCAAUAA